AUGUCGCCGACAGCACUAGAACCACUCUCCCUCGCCGGCAAGCUAGACCUCAUCCCCGGCGUGCUCUCCCUCCUCGCAGCCGGCCUCGUAGCCGCCAUCACGGGUCUCUGGCGAACGCAAAGAGACGCGCCCACGUACCGCCUCCACGUGGCGUAUGCGAUCCUUCGCAAAAGCGCAGAGCGAUACUCCCUGGCUCAGCUGCAGUGGGCACUCCCGUCCACCGAGCAAGUAUACGAACAGUACGCGCGGGCUGCGGGAUUCAAGCCCCAGACGGUGUCUUUGGGCCACGGCGCAAAGGGACACUGGGUGGGGGAUAAACAUGCCAAAAACGUGCUGAUUUGGUACCACGGGGGCGGGUUCGGCAUGCCCGCCAACACGGCCUUUUUCGAGUUCUGGGAGAAGCUAGUCGUGUCCGCGCGCACCAGGGACAAGGACCUGGCCGUCUUUGCGCUGUCGUACACGCUCUCGCCGCACGCGAGGUACCCGACGCAGCUGACCCAGGCUGUCGAGGCGCUGCGGUACAUUGUGUCCCAGGGGCGCCGGCCCGGGUCUAUUCUGCUCGGGGGGGAUUCGGCCGGCGCCAGUCUGGGGAUGGGCGUGCUUUCGCACCUGGCGCACCCGCACCCGGCGAUUCAGGAGUUGAAGCUACGCGAGCCGCUGGCCGGGACGGUCCUCAUGGCGCCGCCUGCGUCGAUGGAUGAGAAGGUCGCCGAGGGGCGGGACGUGUACUGCGGCGGCGACGUUUUGGUGCCGGACGUGGCGAUUCGGUGGCUGCACUUGUAUCUUGGUGGUGCGAAGCGGGAUUACUACACGGACCCGUAUGAUGCGCCGCCGAGCUGGUUCGAGUCGCUGCCUGUGAAGAAGAUUCUGGUCCUGGGGGGCGGGAACGAGGUGCUGAGGCCGAUUAUAGAGGCUUUUGUGGAAAAGGUCAAGCCGACUUUUCCUGCUAUUGAGUUGUUUAUUGGUAGGCGGGAAGCCCACGUGGCUCCUGUUUAUAAUAUCUUUGUCGGGGAUAGGAAGGAGACGGAGCAGGGUCGGCGAUUGAAAGACUGGCUCGCUGAUGUUCUGUAG